GUAGUGGUAACAUAAUUCGUCGUUCUGGGCAGCGCGUCGGUCCAUAGCCAAAGCCAUACUUGUACUGUACGUACGUGAGCGAGAGCCGAGAGAAUUUGCAUUGACGUGUCUGUGCUCGCCGCUCGAUGCGGCUAUAACCACCCACCCAGCUCGUCCGUUUCACUUCGCCGCUCAAGCUACACUGGUGCACGUGCUCGGCGCCGCGCCGCCAUGGGCUUCAGCUUCCUCCCCGUGAUGGAGUACCUCUCACGCCGCGCCUUCCACGCCGCCGGCCUCUGCCCCCACACCGUCACCCUCCCCUGCGACCCCGGCGAAGGCAGCGGGACCCAAACGAUCCACUACUGGGCUCCGGCGCCGGCGGGGGAGCCGCGCCUGCCGCCGCUCCUCCUCAUCCACGGCUUCGGGCCCAUGGCGACCUGGCAGUGGCGCCGCCAGGUGGGCGCCUUCUCCCGCCGCUUCCACGUCGUCGUCCCGGACCUGCUCUGCUUCGGCGUCUCCGCCCCCUGCCCCUCCUCCCCGGCGCCCUCCGAGUCGGCGCAGGCCGCCGCGCUGGCCGCGCUGCUCGACGCGCUCCCGGGUCUCCCGGCGACGGCGCGCGUCGCCGUGGCCGGCACGAGCUACGGCGGGUUCGUGGCCUACUCCCUGGCGCGCGCGGCGGGGCCCGCGAGGGUCGGCCCCGUGGUGAUAUCCAACUCGGACCUGCUCAAGACGGCCGAGGACGACCGGGCGUUCCUCCAGCGCGCCGGCGGCGAGUGGGCGAGCGCGGCCGACUUGCUCAUGCCGCUGGACGCGCGCACGGCGCGGCGGCUCAUGGAGCUCUCGUUCUACCGGAGGCAGGUCACCUCCAUGCUGCCGGACUUCCUGAUCAGAGAGGCCGUGCAGAGACUUUUCAGUGAUAAGAGGGAGGAGAAGAUCGAGCUGAUGAAGGCCAUAACUGUAGGGACUGAUGAGUUCCAACUUACGCCCUUGGAGCAGGAUGUUUUGCUCGUCUGGGGAGACCACGACCAGAUAUUCCCUUUGGACAAGGCAUUUGCUGUCAAGAGGUGCUUGGGAGAGAAUGUGAGGUUGGAAAUCUUCAAGGAAACCGGGCAUGUGCCGCAGAUGGAGGACCCGAAUCGGUUCAACGAGGUCGUCUUGGACUUCUUACUUGCCUCUCAAAAGUCCCCAAACCAGCAUGAUCAGUAGUUCAAAUGGUCAGCUCCGUCCUGAAUCCAGAGUACCACAGAGCAUUCCUGAACUUGAAUGACCCCAUACAAAGUUCGCAGGAAUUUUGCAAUACAUAUGAAAAUGCUCCAAGUUGUUCAGUAAUGUUGCUAAUGCAUCGUACACUAUAGUAUGUUGUAAAUUAGUAUAUGAUUCAGCCCUUGAGCCGGAAGAAUGCUUGCAGAUACCUGUCUCUGCUGGAUCCAUUCAGGAUGCAGUAUAACAAGUACAGUAGCAGAGAAGAACCCUCUAAACUGUGAUCUUGUCGUGUAAUUUUUGUGGAUCUGUUUAGAAAACAUUUUUCAUUGAGCAUA